UGUCUCGUUACCAUCUAUCGAUAUGCAUGCACCUUGGAGCUUUUUGAAUUUUUGGAGCUAUGCAUUUUUUUAGAGCAAUGUCACUUGAGUGAUACCUAAUAAACAGAAAGUGUUACAAGCUAGUUCUAAUCGGGUCAAUUGUUAUAAUCUCCAUAGGGAAGAGCUUUCUCUUAAAAAAUGAGGGUACUCAUUACCCGCAUAUUAUAUUAUUCUCGGAGAAGUUAAAUUUCACUACAGUUCAGCUCGACACUUCUUAGAGCAACCAUGUUUCUCUUAAUAAGCGUGUUUCUGUUUGUCGACUGUCUUUUGGAAGCUGGAUCCCAAAGCGUUACGAAAAAUUCAAAAAUCUUGCAUGAAUCUCUUCCUCUUCCUCACAAUUAUAUUUCCGCAACGUUGACUCCUCAAUAUAAGAUUCCUAUAUUUCUGGAAAAAAGUGAAAUUGGAAAAUCCAAGACUGCUGUGGCAAAUUUCAACGAUAAGGACUCAAAACGUCAGCCAAAAUUCCUAGAAAAAUUGGCCCUGCUAGCCGGACUUAAUGUACUCGCAACUGCACCUUCUGCGAAUAUAAAUACAUUUACAAAAAUACCAAGAGGUCAAUUUUUCUUGAAUUUUGGCCAUUCUGGAUGGACACCAUAUUUCUCAGCGUAUUACGAACCUUAUUCGUUUAUUCCUUAUUCAUAUCCUUCGGCGUAUCCCUCAUUUCCUUGGCAUCCCUUUCUGGAACCAUCUAAAGUUCAGUCAAUCGCCCAGCUGCCGCUUCAGAAUCCAAUCACACCUCCAAAUUAUAAUUUACUUCCUGAUAAGAAGCCAACUGACCAGGAGACCUCCGAGGAGACUUACAUAGCGGAGAACAAAAUGUUGAAUAAGAAAAAGAUGGAGAAUCAGGAACGUGUGGAAGGAAUGGAAGCAGAGUUGCGAAUGAAAUCUGCCACGAGUGAAGAAAUGAACAUUAAAAAAGAAGAAACGGAAGACGUAAUUCUCAAAACGGAAGCUACAGUCGUCAACGAAGAAGCCAGAGCUGGAAAUAUAAUCAACACGACGACACAAAAACCUGUAACAAUAGGAUUAAGUACAACCACACAAAUGGUUCAAAAUAAUCCUGGAAUGAAUGUUCCUCAAGUGAAUACCAACCAAACAAAUACAAAUUCAACGACAAUGACCAACACUACUGACAUGCAAAAUAAGACUGAAGAUUCUGGAUUCCCCGGAUACUACGGUGGCACUCCUCAAGAAAUCGGGAAUAUUGGUUUAACUACUGACACAUCAUUACCCGGCUAUCACGGAUACAGUGGAAUUAAUUAUAAUCUCCCUUUUGAUAGACCAGCCAAUUUCAAUCCUUACGACAGAUACGAAAUUUAUUCGAAUCCUCCGUCAAAUACAUUUUCACCAGGUGAACAGGCGCCAGAAUAUUUAAAUGCCAUUGAUUUUAAUCGAUAUACUUAUGCUCCAGAUAAUCCAUCAGUUUUUAAUGGUUUUCGACCUAUAAUUUAAUCUUAGUACUUUGUAAUCGUAUUCUACUUCUGUUUACACUUAUUAAUUUCAAUAUUUUCUAACUAGACUAUACUGAUAUUAUUUACGUCCCGAUGCUUUGAAUAGCAUUCUGCUCUUUAAAGAUUUUUCGGCACUCGAGCGAGCCGGUUUCGAGUUUCGACAACGAACCGUUCACAAUGGUGCCAUGUAUGCGCGUGAGAAUGCUGCUUAACAUUUGUAUAAUCCUAUUUUAACGUUUUAUUCGCUAUCGAUACAGACACUUUGGAUUUGGUACUGUUCAGAUUGCGAAUCAAGAGAAAUAAAAUUUCUGUAUUAAACCCGUAUGAAAACUUUGUCUUCACUUUUAUUAUUGUAGAAAUGUAAAUAUAAAAGAUUGCUAUAGUGUCAA